AUGGCGAAUUCACAUAAACCAUUGGAAAAUGACUCUUCGGGUGUCCCAAUUCAACCUCCAGACAACGGAAUCAAUAAUGACAGCAACGUGGAAUCUGCUGCACACAAAGACGAAGUCAUGCUUGAUGAUCUCGAAACAAACAUCGACUUAUCCAUCGAUGAUCUCUUCCAAACUCCCGAUGUUGAAUACCUGAAUGUAUCGCCAGAGUCAUCUAAUCACAAGGCUUCCAUGGAGUCUGGGAAUUACUACAAGUGUUUGGAUGAUUCAAAAAAUUUGAACUGCCAUUCAUCAGAGUAUCAAGGUUCUGGCAAUUGCGGCAUGAAUAAUUUGGUAACUUCCUCUCCUAAUGUUGUGAAUAAUUCAAUGAAACGUGGAGUAGUAAAACAGAAAACUAGAUUAGAGGACUUGAAGAGAAAAAAAGUGAGUGAUGAUUCAAACAAUGUAUUUGAAUGCCAAAAAUCUGAUUUUGUGGUUGACGGUAGCAAUGCUAGAAAUGUUAAUAGUGAAAAAGAUGAAAAGAAGAAAUCAAAAAUGGAGAAGCGUAGGGUAAAUUGUCGGCUCUAUAGGAAAAGGAAAAAACAUUACGUUGAGGAUUUAGAGGAUAAUAUGAGGAUAAUGCAUUCAACAAUCCAAGAGUUGAAUCGUAUGAUAUCACAUUUAACAUUGGAGAAUGCAACUUUAAAGUCACAGAUGGGCAGCACUAGUGUGCCUUCACAGAUACCACCACUCCCUGGGAUGAAUCCACAUCACCCAAUCAGGUCUCCUUGGAUGUUUGGUGCUCCGCCUUAUAUGGUGAGGCCAGAAGGAUCACAAGCGCCUCAUUUGGUGAUCAAGCCCAUUCCGAGGAAACCACAAGCAGUGGCUCUUCCAACGUCAAGGGAAGCGCCUGCUGCUGGGGCUGGUUCUCAAAAGAGUGCUUACGUUCCUCCGAUCAUGAGAGGUGGUGCUUCAGCGAGCGGAAGUGGUGAGGGAACUGAGAUGAGAAGAAGAAAUGACGAAAACUCUGUUAGGGUGACCAACCUUUCUGAGAACACUCGUGAGGCUGAUUUGUUGGAGCUGUUCUGUCCCUUUGGUCAUGUCAGCCGAGUGUAUGUUGCGAUUGAUCAAAAUACAGGAAUGAGCAGAGGAUUUGGUUUUGUCAACUUUGUGAACAGAGAAGAUGCUGAGAGGGCCAUAAACAAGCUCAAUGGUUAUUGUUAUCACAAUCUCAUCCUUAGAGUAGAAUGGGCUGCUCCAAGAGCUACUUAG